AUGUGCUUUAAUACAUUUGUUCUGUGCUCGAGAGCUGGCGUCGCGAAUAGAUUGCUGCGCGGACCGAAGAAGGGACGCUAUACGUUUUCACGUAAUUUCAGCGUAAAAGUGACGGCUGACGGUCUCAAUGUCGACAAACGCACUUUGGUCAGUGCGGAGAGGAAGCAGAGGACCUUUACGGAUCGUUCCCAGUUGAAAUAUGCCCGAAGGCUCGUGGUCAAGCUUGGCAGCGCGGUGAUAACCAGGGAAGAUGGCAACGGGCUCGCUUUAGGGCGACUGGCUUCCAUCGUCGAACAGGUGGCCGAAUGUCAUCAUGAAGGUAGGGAGUGCAUAAUGGUCACCAGCGGAGCGGUGGCUUUCGGGAGGCAAAAGUUGACACAAGAGUUGCUUAUGUCAAUGUCGAUGAGGGAAACUCUAUCACCGAGUGACCACACCAGGGAGGACGCAGGAAGCAUAUUGGACCCACGCGCCGCUGCUGCAGUUGGGCAGUCGGAAUUGAUGUCGAUGUAUGACGCUAUGUUUUCGCAGUAUAACGUCAAAAUAGCUCAGGUUUUGGUGACGAAGCCGGAUUUCUAUAAUGAAGAGACUAGGAAAAAUUUGUUCGGCACCCUUUCAGAGCUGAUAUCUUUGAAUAUAGUCCCGAUUAUAAACACAAACGAUGCCGUUAGUCCGCCUAUGUACAUUCAUGACGAUUCAGUGGUACCGGGAACAGGAAAGAAGGGUUUAGGGAUAAAGGACAAUGACAGCCUGUCCGCAUUACUAGCCGCUGAAGUGCAAUCUGAUUUGCUUAUAAUGAUGUCAGACGUCGAUGGUAUAUACAACAAACCGCCUUGGGAGGAUGGUGCUCGUAUGAUGCAUACGUACACUUCUAAGGAUAGAGAUCAAGUACAGUUUGGACAAAAAUCUAAGGUCGGAACUGGAGGAAUGGACUCUAAAGUAAACGCAGCAACUUGGGCGAUGGCCCGUGGUGUGAGUGUGGUUAUAUGUAAUGGAAUGCAAGAAAAGGCCAUUAAAACAAUCAUCAGCGGGCGAAAAGUGGGAACUUUCUUUACUGAUCACGCAACAAACUCAUCAGUUUCCGUUGAUGUCUUAGCUGAAAACGCUCGUUCUGGCAGCCGAGUGUUACAACAGUUAAACCCAUCAGAAAGAGCUUCGGCCAUACAUACGUUAUCUGAUUUGUUAUUAAACAAGCAAGAUAAAAUACUGGAAGCUAAUGCUAAAGAUUUGGAGGAAGCCACCAAAGGUGGCCUGGCCAAACCACUACUAAACAGACUUUCUCUCAGUCAGAGUAAAUUGAAGACUUUGUCAAUCGGAUUAAAACAAAUAGCCGAUUCAAGCUACGAAAACGUUGGACGAGUGCUGCGAAAAACGAAGUUAGCAGAGAAUUUGAUACUGCGGCAGGUGACGGUACCAAUUGGUGUACUUUUGGUGAUUUUCGAAUCUAGACCAGAUUCAUUACCUCAAGUAGCUGCUUUGGCUAUGGCUUCAGCUAAUGGGUUGUUACUGAAAGGUGGCAAGGAAGCGGCGUAUUCAAAUAAAGCAUUAAUGGAACUUGUGAAGGAGUCUCUUGAAACUGUCGGUGCCGAGGAUGCAAUUUCAUUGGUGUCAACUCGCGAGGAAAUUAGUGACUUGUUGUCUAUGGAGAAACACAUUGACCUGAUAAUUCCUCGUGGCUCUUCCGAUCUGGUCAGAAGUAUUCAAAAACAAUCUCAACACAUACCUGUACUAGGUCACGCGGAAGGGAUUUGCCACGUCUACAUAGACAGAGACGCAGAUCCAGUAAAGGCUCUGAAAAUUGUCAAAGAUGCAAAGUGUGAUUAUCCGGCGGCUUGUAAUGCAAUGGAGACGUUACUGGUGCACGAAGAUCAUCUAUCUACCUCGCUAUUCACAGACAUUUGCAAUAUGCUUAAGAAGGAAGGUGUUAAAAUACACGCGGGUCCUAGGCUUUCUAAUCACUUGACGUUUGGGCCACCGCCCGCGAGAUCUAUGAGACAUGAGUAUGGCGCUUUAGAGUGCUGUGUUGAAUUAGUUAAAGAUAUGGAAGAUGCCGUGGAGCACAUUCAUAAAUUUGGUAGUUCACAUACCGACGUUAUUGUAACAGAAAAUGAUGCUGCAGCUAAAAAGUUUCUCGCAGUUGUAGACAGUGCUUGCGUAUUUCACAAUGUGUCUUCGCGCUUCGCCGACGGCUUUAGGUUCGGGCUCGGCGCCGAAGUUGGAAUCUCAACGGCUAGGAUUCACGCGAGAGGUCCAGUGGGUGUAGAAGGUCUUUUAACGACGAAGUGGAUACUUGAGGGAUCCGAUCACACCGCAGCGGAGUUUAAUGAAGGAAAAAGGACAUGGAUACAUGAAAACCUCCCCGUGAAU